CAGUGUUAUCUUAUGUUUUGAUAAAGUCAAAUUUCACUUUUGAAAAAAGAUAAGUUUGCUGAAACCGAGCAUGGAAAAUCUAACAAUGAUAAAUACUACGCAUACCUUGGUUAACAUUACGGAUUUCAACUACACAGAUUCUGGAAUCGGUGACGACAACUACACAUACGAAGAUGGAGAAGGUCAAUAUAGUUACGAGACUUACGAAUAUUAUGCAGAUUUUUUCGCGAAGAAAUACGAGUAUAUUGGUGAAUGGGAAAUUGCAAUCCGGGGGUACGUCACGUUUUUCAUAGCGCUUGCCACCAUUCUCUCUAACAUAGUCUUAGUGUCUGUGUUCGUCUUCAGAAGCUCGCGUACUUCCACAACCAUUAUGUUGACGUCACUAGCCAUCUCCGAUUCCAUAAUAUGCCUCACACGUCUGCCUGGAGCAAUUUAUUUCAAUAUGGCGGGAAACUACAAAAAUCUUUACAUCACGUACCCAUGGUGCAUUGCAACGCAUGUCUUGUAUGUGAUAUACCAAGUUUUUAGGAUGACAUCUAACUGGCUCACUGCUUUACUUGGCGUACAACGACUUGUAGCCAUAGCUCUCCCUUUUAAACACGGUAAACUGAUCAAUUCUCGGGCAAGCUGUGUUGAAAUCGCUGUCAUUGUUGCUGUGUCCGUGCUGCUCAAUCUUUAUGAAGCUCUAGGAAUCUUCAUUUCAGAGCUUCCGAUAUAUAAAACCUGGUAUUACAACGAAACACUUCCUUCGAGUUGUACAGGAGACUUUUCACAAGGGUUAGUUAGUGCCUUCGGAGAUCCAACGAAAUCAAAGACUUUAUUUCUCAUAUUUUCUGGCCUUUUGUACCGGGUGCUUCCAGUUUUGAUCCUUAUCUUUACCACAGUGAUGCUUGUUUACUUUCUGUACAAAAGAAAAAAUAUAAGAACCUCGAAUACUGAGGAGAAGAAGAAGAAGAUUCAAAGAAUGACAAUCCUCAUCUUCCUUAUUCUUGUCGUCUUUUUAAUUGCCGAAAUACAAGAUGGAAUCGCAUAUUUCAUCUAUGCAGCUGAGCUUUCACAGGACAAAAAGAGACAGAUUCUGUCCAAAGAAGACGAUAUUAGGUGGGAUACGAUUUCAUCAAUGCUUUCUCUGAUUAGCUACGCAUGCAACUUUUGGAUAUUCUUCCUAAUGAGUCAGCAAUUUCGAUCGGCACUUCUGGACAUUUUUAAGUCAGGGUUUCGAAAAGCCCAUAUCUACUUUAAUUUGGAUGAAUCUGACGAGGAAAGCGUUUCGAACACUCGAAACACGAGUUUAACAAGCAAAAAUGAGAAAAGUACGUUCGUAUGAUGUAACAUUUUACCAGAAGCUUGCGUAUGCUUUUCCAUGGGACAUAAAAACGGUUUGAAAUUAUAGAGAUCUGUUUAUAAAUAUUUUUUAAAAUUAUUUUUAUCAGGGUCUGAAUCCAGAAAAAAGUUGGUUUUUCUUUUUGACAAAUUCCAUUUAUUCGCAUGAAAAGGUAAUGCAUAUACAUGUAGAAAAUUCAAGAAUGUCAGAAAAUUGCUUUGUAAAGGUUCGGUCACAUGAUGCGACUUUUCAUCAGAUAUUAAAUCGACUUGCUCAGGUAAGUCGAUUGGAGUAGAUUGUUGAGGUGGUCACACGAUACGAUUUUACGAUGGAUUUUUGAUUUGUAAAACAUAUUCAAUAAUUUUGCUGUAAGGUCAAAAGUCAUUGUAACGUCACGAUUCUCACCAGAGACUCGAUUGACAAUCGGACGCAUUACAGAUUUCCAAUCGACUUCAGACUUUGCUUUCGACUUUCGACUUGAGUGGUCACACGGUUAGAUUUUAGUCGGAAGCUAAUCGAAUGAGAAAAUCUGAUGGAAAAUCUGAUAGAAAAUCGUAUCGUCUGACCGCACAUUGAUUAUGUGUUUUCAAUGAUUAAUUGAUUUUGCAUGCUUGUUUAUUUUUAUUCAACAUUACUGUGUGAAGUCCACGUUUUAACUAAUAAACUUGAAAUAUUAACAUUUUCUUCUGAACAAGGAAUUUCAAAAUAAUGUACCCAUCAAUGUAGACCGUUGUUUCCUUUUUAAAGAAAUAACCGGGCACAUGUACAGGUUCAAAAAAUUACUUGAAAAACUGAAUCGAUGAUGAAACCAUAGGUAUGAAAAGAAAAUAUGUACGGAUAAAUCUGUUUCACCUUUUA